AUGUCCUUUGUCAAGAAAGGUGGUGAUAAAGACGAUACCAAGGGGAAACAACGGGCUGAUCUCUACACGAUCAAAGUCAACUGGUGGUACCGUGCUCGUGACAUCUCAAAGCACACUUCGGACUCGCGUAUCCUUUAUGCCUCAAUGCAUUCCGACACUUGUCCAAUGCAAAGUCUUCGGGGUAGAUGCACGGUGCUCCACAGGGAUGAGAUUGAGGAUUUUGAUCAGUACAAGAGUAUACCCAACCAAUUCUGGUUUGAUAAGUUGUUUGACAGGUAUAUGAUCAAGUUUUACGAUGUGAUACCAACGAUGAUGCUCUCGAAUUUACCCACUAAUUACUCCAAGGCUUUGAACAAACGGUUCCAAUACAUCUUUGUUGAACAAGGUCGUGCCAAGGAGAUGUUACAAUCACCAAAGAGUUGUAUCAAGUGUAACCAGUGGUGUUCACCAACGGACUCGAUCCAGUGUUGUGAGUGUGAUGAUACGUAUCAUUUGCUUUGUUUGGACCCACCAAUUUACAAGAAACCAGCUAGAGGGUUUGCAUGGUCCUGUAUCAACUGUGUAAAGAAAUUAGAGAGGAAGAAAUUGAUCUCCAAUUCACCUUUUGAAGACACUGAACCUCAACAGGACCACACAAUUGAAACUGAAGCUCAAACUGAUCAAGACGUCCAUGAGGAUCCACCAAAGUCACCGAUUUAUGAAGAACUAGCACAGGUCUUCUUAGAAAAGGAUGCAUCUAAUUCAUUCCAACAACGGCGUGAUAAAGAAGAGUGGGUAUAUCGCUAUUUGGGUAUGCAUGCAAAGUUAGAAGAUGCAUUAGAUGUUGAAGAUAGGCCUUAUCCAAGAGCUGCUUCAAGGUUGGGUCCUAGACAUCAACUCACAGGUAUUCAACCUUGGUAUGAACAUAAAGUUGUAUACUAUGAUACUUCUGAUUUAAACGAAGAGUUUCAAAGUCAAAAUAACGGUAAGAAGAAACAGAAAGACUCAAGGAAGAAGAAAAUGAACAACAACACUCAUAAAGAUGUUGAAGAGGAUCAGCCAGUCUUGCAUGUACCAGAAAAGUUUAGGGAAGUUUCACCUACUGAAUUCCCACCUUGGCUUCAACCAAGACCUGAAGGCUACAUUGAAAGAGGUGGUGACGACACAGUAACAUUGAUGUGGGAUCAACCAAAGGAGAAGGAGAUCAGCGAAAAGGUUGAGGAUUAUAUCAAACAAUGCGCACCAAUUGCUGAAUCGUUAUCGUUAUUGCCAAAUACUCCAAACUUUGUCGAUGCCAUAUUAAAGAAUUUAUUAGAUUGUGGUUACAAUUUCUCUCGAGCCAUGGAGUUGAACCAGAAAUUGACUAGAGAUUCUCUCAGAGAACCAACUUUCACCCCUAAGGAGGUUCAACUGUUUGAAAGUGGUAUUAGAAAGUACGGAUCUGAGCUUUGGCCAACGUUCAAAGAGGUCAAGAGUCAAACAUUCGCCAUGGUUGUGAGAUUUUACUACUUGUGGAAGAAAACUAAGAAUGGACAUUUAAUCUGGGAUAAUUUUGAAGGAAGAAAGAAGUACAACGCUAAGAAAAAAGAAGAUACA